AUGACACAUGAAUCAAGUGGAACUAUAGUUAUAGAUGAAAUUGAUCGUCUAUUUGUGGUAUAUGAUAAAGCAAAAGAAUAUAUUAAUAAAAUCUUACAUGGUAUUAAUCAUCAAACAGAUUUAUGGCAAUAUCGUCGACAAAUAAUUUUUGAUCAAAUGAAAUCAACAUCAUCAUUUGAUUUUCUUCUACCAAAAACUCAACGUAUUAAUGAAUUAGCUAUUGAAGCUGUUCAAGCUCUAUGUCGAGUUGAUUUAUUAAUUGAACAAAUUCUUCAUAUUGAUCCAAAAUCAUCAUUACAAACACAUUCAAUACCAAGAUCAACAUCAUUUUCAGCACGAUCAUUAGAUACAAAUGUUUCACAUUCAACAGCAACUACUGUUUUAUCACGUACACAUCAUGUUGUACCUUCACCAUCGUUAAAUUCAAUAAAUCAACAACAACAACAACAAUCAUAUACAGAACCAACACUAAAUGGUAAAACAAUUGGAAAACAAACAUUACCUAUGCCUGUACUUCGAACAUCACAACCAACACCAUCAAAUCGUUUAUCAUUAGCAGCUACACAAGAAAAAACUGGUUUUAAACCUAUUGAACAACAACGAACAUCAAAUAUUUCAGAAAAUACAUCACGACCAACACCAAUUCAUCCACAAACUACUCAUUAUCCAGCUACUGAAGGACUUAAUUUUAUACGUUCAACAGUACCAUCCUACGGUGGACGAACACCACAAUCAGAUCAUAUGGCAGCUUCUUCGACUAAUCAAAUGAUGAGUAAUUAUCAACAACCACCUCGUGGUAAAGUUCAUGUAAAAUUACAACGAAUUCCACCUGGUACAAAAUGGAAACAAGCAAAAAUUGAUGUUAUUGAUUCACUUUCAGCAUUUUAUGUUGAAAAUCUUGAUCCAAAAGUACAUGAAAAAUUUAAUCAUAUGUUAGAAGAUCUUCAUGAUUAUUAUAGUCGUUUAGAACAAUCAGAUAAAUUAAUACCAUUAGAAAAUAUUUCCAUAGGUGAUUUUGGUGUUGCAAAAUAUAGUGAAGAUGAUCGUUGGUAUCGUGCACGUUUAUUAAUGUGUGAAGAACAUGAUCGUAUACGAAUUGUUUUUAUUGAUUUUGGAAAUAUUGAAACAAAACUUAUUAAUGAAUUUUUUCCACUUGAUAAAUUAUAUACUGAUUUACCAGCACAAGCUAUUGCUUGUAGUUUAUCUGAAGCUUAUCCUCGUACACCAAAUGAUAAAGAUUCAUUAUGGCCAGAUGAAACAAAUCGAAUUUUUCGAGAAGAAGUAGCUGAUAAAAUAGUUGAAGUUUCAUUUGCUAAUACAGAAGAAGGAACAGAACAAUGGCCAUUACAUUUUGUUAGAAUUACUGUUGGAAAUCAGACUAUAACAAAUUUAUUAAGUUUAAAACAACGUAUUGAACCAAGACCAAAUCGUUUUAUUGCUGAACAAUUAGCAAAUUCUCUUACGCAUCAAGAAUAUAUUCUUUUCAAUGUACCUAUUACCGAAGAGGAAUUUGAUUGA